UAAGCGACAACGUUCAUCUGCUUAAAAUAAAAAAAAUACAAGGUUACAAGGUCUGAGAAUCGACCAAACCGUAUAACCGCGAUGACCCAAUGACAAAAACGAAGCUUAGGCUAGUUCUAUACAGAGAUGUACGUGACUAGGUCUCUCUUGCAUAGUAAUUUAUUACGUAAUAAUAGUAGCGGACAGGGACAAGUUAAAUCAAAGUCGUAGAUUAUAAGCGACUUGUUUAUAAUCCAGUAUAUAAAAAUACCCGUCAUACAUGCGACGUGUAUCUUCAUAUGGAACUAGCCUUUCAACAACAAACGAAUAUCUAAAUUUCACAAGAGCAAUCCGAAACUGCAAAUAUAUCAUGUACUGUUUGACGACAUGCCUAAAUCACCGGUGACUGGCAUGAUUCGCGUAAAUACGUUUUACGAAGAGGCUGGCUAAUAUGAAGAGGGCACCGAGAGCGUUGGGAACGCCUCAUAGGUUAGUCGAGGAAUUACGAUGCGGUUGAACGGUACACGUGUAGACUGGGUAUGCAAGGAAGAGCCGCCUCAAUUAUCAAGCUCGUUUGUAGCAACAUUGUUUACAGCGUCUGGCUGCUACGGAGUAUUUAUCCGCGAGCUUAUACCCCGGACGCUCGGACGGUUUUACAACCCGUGCCCGGUGCAUGGACCGGCUUUUAUACCGGUACUGGUAUAAAAGCACGCGUCUACGUGCCUUCUCGAGGAAUAAUUCUUCAUUAAUUGCGAUCGCAUGCGCGGCAUUCCUCCCACUGAAACGAUGGUACGCUUAAUUCCCAGGCUAAUAUUUCAUUAGAUCGUGGUAUAGUAAUAUUGCGCGAACGGACGUUCUGUUGGCGUUCGUUGUGCAAAUAUUCGCGUCAACCUGAUCCCAAGUACAUAUAUUUCAAGCAUAAUAUCCUGGCGUAUAACGUAUUAUCAGAGACCGAAGAAUAACGAUCGGCGCGAGCCAUAAAAGUCGCCGUCUGGUUCGAGCUGCGCCGUCAUAGAGAGAAUUCGAGGCUAUUGUCUCAUAUCUGUAAACCGUAUCGAGGGAAAAAAGUGCGUCUGCCGAACGACUAGGUUCUCAGGAUCCUUAGCCAGAACCCUCUGGCCGAAGCAAAAUCCAAAGAGUCCGUGGUCGGCUGUCGUCCACGGGGAAACGUGAAACGCGGCGCAACGCGUACCCUGUCCUCGGAAUUCUCUCCUUCCCCAACCUCUCUUCGCCUCUAUCCUUCCCUACGUUGGAUUCUUUUGUUUCCCGCCGCGGUACCCCAGUCGAGAUCCUAUCUGCCGUAAAUAAUUAUCCUGAAGAACCGGCAGAUGCCGCGGCCUCGCGUUCGAAACCGCGUUCGAAAGGACCAAAGGGGGCUGAACGAGCGUGUACCCCUUGGGAUUUUCAUUUUAAUCAUUGAUCUCGGGCCAAUCGCAACGAUUCCGCGCUUCCAAAUAUUCUCGAUACUUUGAGGAUCUUCUUCGAUACACUCGAGACCGCAGAAUUCUUACGUUUGUGUUCGUUUAUGAUUCGCGAGCAAGUUGGUAUUUGUUCGAAAGCAACCCCUUAUCUGGUUCACGGACGCGAGUUUCGUUUCGAUAACGGUGAUCGGGAAUGUACAAGAUCGGUCGAAAAGUGGCAAUUUUCAGAAUUAAUCUUUUAACGGUGCAAUCUCACGGGCGGAAUCAGGUGAUUGCAGGGUAUUGUUGCUAACGCGAUUUCCUUUUUCGGUGUAAACGAACUCGAUAAGGUACGCUUUUAUGGCUCGCGCGUAAUUGACCCUCUGAUUUCGUUUUAAGGAUACGGUUCGUGAGAAGCGAUUUGUUUUAGAACGUACUAUACUUGAAGAUUGUUUCAGGUCGGCCAGAUGAUUCUGAUCGUGACAGUGAGAUUCGAUACUAUUAAAAGAUACUGUUACGAAUCUCAACGUUUACAAGUAUUUUACAGCUUUACUCGUUUUUGUCGAAAAUUAUUUCCAUCUCUAUAAAGCGAAGAAUUUUUCAGAGAAACGUAAAUUUGGCAUUUGGGCGAAAGUUAAAGACACCUAUCCUACGUGUUAAUUUCUUUAAAGCGUAUAAAUUAUUUUAUAAUAGAGUAAAUGUAAAUAAAUAUAAAAUUGAGAUUAUAAGUUUCUUAUAAGCAGACGACGUAAUUCCAGAACCGUUGCUCCGAGGUCUGGUUGUCCUCGAUCGGCUAAACAAAUUACACGUUAAACGACGUGCCCUGUCUCGCGCAUUCGUGGCAGCCCGAGUCUAAUGUCACCCUGAGGGAGCAAUUUUCAGGCGUUUUACUCGCGACACACGUUCCACGCCUCUGGCCCUAUUGUCUAUCCAUACGCGACCAACGCGCAAUUUAUCCUCGAGGACACUGUCACGAUCAGAAGAAAGGAAACCCAGCCUGUCCUUUUUCGUACGGCCGCGAAUUGAAUUGCAUGAAUCUACCAAACACCAACGAGGAAAUUUUGAAGAGGACGAAGAUGAACGACGCAACAGAUACCGACGUGAAAAGGUCCCGUGACACAAACCAUGCAAGUAACACGGUGAAGAGACAGCGAUGGCAGCAGCGGAAACGCUUCUUCGAGACUCUUCCUAUAUUCUCCUUGUUCGUGACAGUCGAAGAGAGCACGAAGAAGUGGGAAUCAUUGUCGAGAUCACCUUGGCAAGGUCCAUGGGUUCGUAAAGGGCAUGAAAGCUCAUCAUGUUUGAAUACCGACACGGGCCACGAACGCUGUCGACCUGCAACCUCCUCGGCGUGACUUUUCUUCUAGUGAUCGUCGCCGGUAGCUACAAUGUGUCAGCGGAUCUCAGCUCCGAAUUUGUCAAAGGAAAAAUUUGCAUUGGAACCAAUGGCCGCCUCUCCGUUCCAUCCAACAAGCAACAUCACUAUCGGAAUCUUCGAGACCGGUACACCAACUGUACUUACGUCGACGGCAACCUGGAGAUCACAUGGCUCCAGAACGAGACUUUCGACCUCAGCUUUCUCCAGUAUAUACGGGAGGUCACCGGUUACGUGCUCAUCAGCCACGUGGACGUCAAAAAGGUCGUUCUGCCGCGAUUGCAGAUCAUACGGGGCAGAACUCUCUUCAAGCUUACCAUUCAUGACACCGAGUUCGCCCUAUUCGUCACGAUGUGUCAGAUGCAGAACUUGGAGAUGCCGGCUCUCAGAGAUAUCCUCAAUGGCAGCGUGGGCAUAUACAACAACUACAACCUGUGCCACAUCCAAAAGAUCAACUGGGAAGAAAUAAUCACCGGUCCGAGUGCAACGUACUCCUACGUGUACAAUUUCACGUCGCCAGAACGCGCCUGUCCGCCAUGCGAUAAGAGCUGCGAGCAAGGCUGUUGGGGCGAGGGGCCUGAGAACUGUCAGAAGUAUUCCAAGACAAACUGUUCGCCUCAGUGUUGGCAGGGCAGGUGCUUCGGGCCCAAUCCGCGGGAGUGUUGCCAUCUUUUUUGCGCUGGUGGCUGCACAGGCCCGAAACAGAGCGACUGCAUCGCCUGCAAGAACUUCUUCGACGACGGUGUAUGCACCCAGGAAUGUCCGCCCAUGCAAAAGUACAAUCCUACGACGUACUCGUGGGAGGCUAAUCCUGACGGGAAGUACGCGUAUGGUGCAACCUGCGUGAGAAGGUGUCCAGAACACCUUCUGAAAGACAACGGAGCUUGCGUAAGAUCUUGUCCGCCGAAGAAGAAGGCGUUGAACGGAGAAUGCGUUCCCUGCGACGGACCUUGCCCAAAAACCUGCAAAGGCGUGGAGAAAGUACAUUCCGGGAAUAUCGACAGUUUCAAGGACUGCACCAUCAUCGAAGGAUCGAUCACGAUUCUGGACCAAAGCUUUCAAGGAUUCCAACACGUGUAUUCGAAUUUCAGUUUCGGCAAGCGUUACGAAAAAAUGCAUCCGGACAAGUUGGAAGUGUUCAGCACGUUGAAGGAGAUCACAGGGUUUUUAAAUAUCCAAGGGGACCACAAGGAUUUCGAGAAUUUAUCGUACUUCCGGAAUCUGGAGGUGAUAGGUGGAAGAACCUUGACGGAAUACUUUGCAUCACUGUACGUGGUGAAAACGUCAUUGGUCUCGUUCGGACUCAGCUCUCUCAAGAAGAUCUAUUCCGGAUCGAUAGCGAUAUUGGAAAACAAGAAUCUGUGUUACGCGCAAAGUAUCAAUUGGACUAGAAUCAAAAAAUCAUCGGAGCAUGAGAGCCUGUUAUCGAACAAUCGGAACGAAAGCGAAUGCAUAAAAGAUGGACUAAUAUGCGACGAGCAAUGUUCCGACGAAGGUUGUUGGGGGCCCGGUCCGGCACAGUGUUUAUCCUGUAAGAACUUCAUUCUAGGAAACGAUUGCAUUCAAGACUGCACCGCGCCAGGAAUUUAUCGAGCGGAUGAGAAGACCUGCAAGGUGUGUCACGAGGAGUGCGAUGGCUCUUGCACAGGACCGAAUGCCGAGCACUGUAAGAAAUGCAAACACGCCCGAGAUGGACCGUACUGCGUGCCAGAGUGCCCAUCCUCGAAGUAUUAUGACAACGGUCUGUGCAAAAGUUGUCACGAAAACUGUGUGGGUGGUUGCGACGGCCCUGAAAACAACAUAGGCCCUAAUGGAUGCCACAGCUGCGAUAAGGCGAUCAUAAACGGCAAUUGUCUGCAGAAAAAGGAACCCUGUCCUGACGGGUAUUACUACGAGUGGGUGAGUCCUCAAGAGCAAGGACCACUGAAACCACUUGCAGGCAAGGCUGUUUGUCGCAAAUGUCACUCUCGCUGCAAGAAGUGCACGGGAUACGGUUUCCACGAGCACGUGUGCCAAGAAUGUACAAAGUAUAAGAGGGGUGAACAGUGCGAAGACGAGUGUCCCGCGGAUCAUUUCACGGAUGCCGAUACUCAACUUUGUAUACCAUGCUACAGCGAAUGUCGAGGAUGUUUUGGACCGGGCCCAAAUCAAUGUUACAAAUGUCGAAACUACAAGAUCUACAUUGACGGAGAUACAGACGGAAACACCACGUCUUUCAACUGCACGGAAACCUGUACUCCCGAAUAUCCGCACAAGAUCUUCAAUCCAGACAGUGAACCGUACUGUUCACUGGAAACUGUGGGUUUAGUAGAAAACGAACUUCAACCAGCUAUCCUAGCAGGCGUUGCGAUAUUCGCUCUAGUGUUCCUCAUAAUAGCGGCCAUAAUCAUGUACUUCUGGCGUGUACGAGCAAAAGCCAAAGAAAACACUGUGAAAAUGACAAUGGCUCUGACCGGCUUGGACGACAACGAACCUCUUCGUCCAACUGGCGUGAAACCAAAUCUAGCGAAAUUACGUAUCAUCAAAGAAGAAGAGAUGAGAAAAGGUGGAAUUCUAGGUUACGGUGCUUUCGGUAACGUUUAUAAAGGAGUUUGGGUGCCAGAAGGGGAGAACGUGAAGAUUCCAGUGGCUAUAAAAGUCUUGCAAGGUAAUGGUACAGGAGCGAAUACCUCGAAGGAAUUCCUCGACGAGGCUUACAUCAUGGCUAGCGUGGAGCAUCCGAAUCUACUUCAGUUGCUAGCUGUUUGCAUGACGUCGCAAAUGAUGCUAGUGACCCAAUUGAUGCCUUUAGGCUGUUUGCUCGAUUUCGUGCGCAGAUUUAAAGACAAAAUUGGCUCGAAAGCGUUGCUAAAUUGGUGCACCCAGAUUGCCAGAGGGAUGGCUUAUUUGGAAGAAAGAAGAUUGGUUCAUCGAGACCUUGCGGCUCGCAACGUUCUUGUGCAAACGCCUAACUGUGUCAAGAUUACCGAUUUCGGAUUAGCCAAGCUAUUGGACAUCAACGAAGAACAAUAUAAAGCUGCCGGUGGAAAGAUGCCGAUCAAGUGGCUGGCCUUGGAAUGCAUUCAACAUCGAGUUUUCACUCAUAAAUCGGAUGUUUGGGCUUUCGGCGUGACCAUUUGGGAGGUUCUUACCUAUGGCGGGAGACCCUAUGAGAAUGUGCCUGCCCGAAACGUGCCAGAAUUAUUGGAAAAAGGCGAAAGGUUACCUCAACCGGCCAUAUGUACGAUCGACGUGUAUAUGAUUAUGAUUAAAUGUUGGAUGUUAGACGCUGAGUCAAGGCCUAGCUUCAAAGAACUGGCGGAAGACUUUGCGAAGAUGUCUAGAGAUCCUGGCCGAUAUCUUGCUAUCAAGGGCGACAAAUACAUGAGGCUACCUUCGUAUACACUGCAGGACGAAAAGGAGAUGAUACGAAAUCUUGCAUCAGCCAUGGACGGUCCUGAAGCCUUGGUAGACGCUGAUGAGUAUCUACAACCGAAAUCAAGGGCUCCCAUCCCACCAGGACUUUCAGCAUCCAGUACUUCCGGCUCUCCGCCAAAUACACCCAUGAAAGCUUGCUGGCCCAAUGGAAAACCCCUAGCCACCGAUUCACCCACGCCUCAGAACCAACAAAACUUAGACAGAGAGUUGUUAAGGUAUGGCGCUAAUCACAGAAACGGAAAUAUAUCGCACGAACCAGGAAACUCCGGUCAACACGGGCAUUACGCGCCUGCGAAUGGUCAUUGCGGACACAUCGUGGGCACGGACACUACUAGUUCGAGAUAUUGCUCGGACCCGUUGAAGAUGAUCGUUGUGAGAGAUUGCGAUGUGACAGACGACUGUUUCGACGGUGAAAUAAAUUCUGCGCAUCAGCAGGCUCAAGUAGGUAAUCUCAAGCUCGACUUGCCAUUAGACGAAGAUGAUUAUUUGAUGCCAUCGCCGCAAUUGCCAACGAAUACAACGCAAUACAUGGAUCUCAUAGGUGACUCCAAACCUACGGAAAUGGAACCAAAGCGAGUCAACAACGGUUACCGAAAGUAUCCUGAAUUUCUAACUAUUCAAGGGAAAACGUCGUUAGAUAAUCCCGAGUAUAUAAUGUCCCAAGACGAAGGACCAUUAACCCCGCAAACUUUAGGUAUUCCGACGCCUGAUCUGGAAAAGGUUCUAACGAACGGAACAUUUGGUUCUCAAGUGAGACAAAGGAGUUCGGAAGAAGAAUCUGACCACGAAUACUACAACGAUUUCGAUCGCCUGGAACGGGAAUUGCAGCCGCUAAAACCCCUUAGGAAGAACGAGACGACCGUUUGAUUCCUAAAACUUACAUCGAAUAAGGACUGUUCCGUUAAGGUUCCAAGUUAGAAUCGGAAAGCCGGUGUCAUUCGAUCGUCCGUUGAUCUCAAACGCAACGGGUGAUAGCAUGAACAUAGAAUGGCGGACGAGCCCGGCUCCUCGUAUUCGAGGAAACUACACAGUGUACUUAGAAAAGACACUUCGCUGGAAAGUGCCGUGUUUGAUUGUGAUUAGACGUAAAACGUGUGAAACUGUGCUAAUUUUCCUUCUUAACGAGUUGACUGUCGCGAACGAAUAAAAUAUAUGUCUCGCGCCUUAUAAACUGUAAAAUCGUUGUUGAGCGCGUGUACGAUAAACAAGUAGUGCAAAGUUAAUCUUAAUGUGCCAUUCACGGUGGCUUGUAAAUAAAGAAAAAAAAGUACUGUCUACCAUUUCUACAAGGCUACUAAAAGUUUAGGGAAACGACGUGCAGUAAAUGGCAUAAACAAUUGUUACUUUCCUAUCUCCGUCUUCGAUUUCUAACGCUAUCUUUGAUGGCUCACUUUGAUGGCUAACUUUGAUGGCUCACUUUGAUGGCUCACUUUGAUGGUUCAUCGUGUUCUUUUAUUUUGUUGACUCGUUUUACGCAUGUUUGUUAGAAACUUUUAUAUUAAAAUGUCGAAGCACAGAGGAUUAUAUGAAAGCGCGAAGGUGGACACGUAUCUUUCAAAAUUACCCGCUACUCUUGUCUUUUAUUCCCUAAAACUGGAAUUGUGCGUGUAAAUUCAAUUGGAUCUCUAUUUUAUGCGAUCGAGCACGUAUCAUAAGAUGCACAUCGGGGCCGUUCAGAAAUUCGAGACACGUAACGAAUAUUCAGAUCGCCUCGUGGCGCGGAACAUCUGUGCGGUUCGCCCCUUGACUGUGAUAAAAAACGUUCUGUUAUUACUCGAGGACACUUAAAAGGAACAUCUCAAUCGUUUAUCGAUCUAUCUUUGCUUCCCUUCUUCUUACAUAUCGCAGUAAGCUACGACAGUACAACGAAUUGUCCUAAUUUACUGCUUAAAUGGUAAUAAGUUUCCGAGUUGCAAGCGAAGAUCGACCGGAAUCCAGGGAUUCGUUGAGGUAAAAUCGAACGAAACACUUGAGAAGACAACGAAGGAAGAUUUAGACGCUUGCCGUUUCCUAGGAUUCUUGUCUCGCGGCUCUACUUAAAUGUUUAACGAUGCCCUAUAUUUUUUUAUGCCAUCGCCUUUUGUACAUGGGACCAAUGAAAUUGGCCUCGGCCAGAGCGCACGGAAGUAUCUCGUUUUUUUAUGUAGGAACGCGUCUGUGUAAAUAGAUUAGUGGUUAGCGCGUAAGAUAUUCUACAUACGUAGAAAACGGAAAGUACUUGAGUAAACUAAGUAAUCUGUAUCUGUUUUUCUUUUCGAGUAUAAAACGGACGAAAAAAGAAACGGACGUAGACGAAAUAACUAAAAGCGCAGCGCCGGUAUGCGAAUUAUACGGGGUUACGCUGUGCCGCGUAAUCAUAGGAUUAGGACGUGCCAUGUUAUGUACAGGGAACGCGAGAGAGAAAAAAAGAAAUAAAAAAUGAUGAACACGUUUCAUUGACAGGAAAUUCGUGUUAAAUCAAAAUUUUAAAAAUCGGAAAAUGAAUGAUUCGAGGCAAUGCGUUCGUUUAGCAGGAAAAGCGUGUAUGAAUGUGUACGAGACCCCGAUCUCAUUCGUGACGAUACGAGUAAUAAAAUGAAAUUUGUAACGAGUUUCUGUAAUGAAAUGGGACCGAGUUUCAGAAAUAAAAAUUGUCUAAUCUAAUAUACGACAUGUUUUUCACAACAAUACAAUUGCACGAAUUUGUAUCCUCGUUACACACGAAAUGCGUGCCUUUACCCUUAAGAAUGAUAAGCCAAUACGUAUCGUGUACAUUGCGUUAAUCGUUAUUAAUGGUUACGUUAUUGAUUUCUCAUCUGUAAUAUAUUAUAUGUGUAAUGAUUGCGUUGCCGAGCAGAUCAACGUGUACCUUGAGAAACGUGUACACGUCCAUUUUCGAUACUCCCGUCGGAAAAAAAGGAAAAAUGAGAAAACGUGUUUCUCCAUAUGCUUCUACCCAUAUUGUUCCCGUCUCUAUGAUUCCGUGUAAAACAAGUGUGAAUUUGAAAUUGUACAAUACCGUUCGAUAACCGGGAUAAAAUAGCUGCGAGAAAUUGCAUUUGCCAUUCGGUUGUGGACAUAGAACUUAUAAAAGUUUAUAAUAUCAUUAUAUAUCGUAAAGAAAUUAUUGUAAUAAAGAACCAUCAUCAUUCUUACGAAACCUGACGAUUUGUUCUCUUUCUUCAUCCCGUUUGACAAUGAUACUGUCUCAAAAAAACAAUGAAAAUGUUUUCAAAUAAGACACGUGUAACUGUAUUUUUAUCUUUUGUGUUCUUAUAUUGUUAUAUGUUUAGCAAAUUAAUUAUCUUAAUUAAUUAUUUAUUUGUCCAUCAACAAGGAAACACGGAUUCUGCUAUGUGAUAAGCGCUUUUAUGAUUCGACAUAAAUAAACGGAAGUGUAUAUCGUCGA